CAAGCAUUAAAACUCAUGCAGUUAGACAAGUUUGGGAAUCAAAAUGAAAAUGUCCUCACUGUUCCUGAUCACCGCGCUCUUCCUCCACCUAGCGACGACGGUGGCAGGGCAAACGGCCUCUCUGUCGAAGCCGGGCUGCCAGGAAAAGUGUGGAAACGUCGUCGUUCCAUAUCCUUUCGGCAUCAACACGAACUGCAGCGCCGAUAUAUCUUUCACGAUCAUCUGCAACGAAACCUUCAAUCCCCCAAGACCGUUUAUCAUGGUCCAAGUAGGGUUCGAAGAAGUGGUAGAUAUCUCGUUGGCCACCAAAACAGUUACGGUGAUGCAGUCCAUCUCCCCUCUCAACUGCUCUAGCGAUCGAAAGCUACAGCAGCUGGCACAGCCUAUGGUUACAUCUUACGCCACCUUCUCCAACGUCUACAACAGAUUGGUCGUUGUCGGCUGCCAGAACGUCGUCUCCCUCCUCCCUUCCUACGGGGAAUGCAACCCCAUCUGCGGAGAAUCAUCCAUCUGCAAUGGAAUAAACUGCUGCCAGAACAUCAUCCCGCCGCGCCAGAGAGAAAUCGAGUUCUUCUACAGAAAUCCUCAAGCGGACACCAAUGCUGCUCUCAGCUGCGGUUAUGUGUUCAUGACUGAUCAAAGAUGGCUGCUCAACGAAUAUGCUAACCACACCAACUUGCAUAACUUGUCGUCCUCCAUUAGCUUCCAAUCGGAUCUCCGUGCGCCUCUGGUGCUUGAAUGGGAAUUCGAGAUAUCCAAUCCCAAGACGCGGCCAGGGGUUCAAUGCGACGACAUUGAUUUGCCAUAUGUCUUGUUAGGUGGAGAGAACAUGAGCUCUACCGUAUGUUCUUGCAGGCAUGGUUAUCAAGGCAAUCCUUAUUUGAGCUGUGAGGACAUAGACGAGUGCAAGAGUUCGUCGUUGAACGACUGCCCAACAGCGACUACGUGUGUCAACAGGCCCGGUUCAUUCACAUGUCAACUUCCGGCCAAUGACAGCGAACCCAGGAUGAAACCAGUAAUCAUUGCUGUCAGCUGCGGCUUAGGUGGGUUGGUUUUGCUCGGAGGGGCGUUGGUGUCUUCCAAUGUCGCAAGGAAGAGAAUCGAAGCCAACCGUACGAAGAAGUUCUUCAAGCGAAAUGGCGGAUUCUUGCUGCUGUCCUCUACUAAUAACGCUGCCGAAAAUAUCAGAUUCUUCGACUCCAAAGAAUUGGAAUUGGCCACUGAUCGUUACAACGAGAAUCGCGUACUUGGUCGCGGCGGACAAGGCACUGUCUACAAAGGAAUGUUACCCGAUGGAAGAAUCGUCGCAGUGAAAAAGUCCGAGAAGAUGGAUGAAUCGGAGGUUGGAGCAUUCGUGAAUGAGGUCGCCAUACUGUCCCAGCUCAAUCAUAGGAAUGUGGUGAAGUUGCUAGGGUGUUGUCUGGAGACCGAGGUUCCUCUUCUCGUCUACGAGCUUGUUCCAAACGGUACGCUCUUUCAACACAUACACGAUCUAGGCAAUGAGUUCCCUUUGCCAUGGAAAAUGCGUCUCAGAAUCGCAACAGAAGUAGCAGCUGCUCUUGCUUACCUGCAUUACUCAGCAUCGGUUCCUAUCUAUCACAGAGACAUCAAGUCGACCAACAUACUCCUAGACGAGAAGUAUCACGCCAAAGUGUCGGAUUUCGGGACGUCGAGGUCGUUCAACGUGGAUCAAACUCACGUGACCACGCGAGUGAUGGGGACUUUCGGGUACAUGGAUCCUGAGUACUUCCAGUCGAAUCAGUUCACAGAAAAGAGCGACGUGUACAGCUUUGGCGUGGUUGUGGUGGAGCUUCUGACGGGGGAGAAAGCAGUCACUGCAGCGGCUAAGGAGGAAGGAGGGAGGAGUCUGGUCGCGCAGUUCUUGCACUCGAUGCAAGAAGAUAAAUUGUUCGACAUUCUUGAUCCCGAUGUGGUGAGAGAGGGUGGGGUGGAAGAUGUUGUGGCGGUGGCGAGGCUUGCUCGGAGAUGUCUGAGUUUGGACGGAAAGCAAAGGCCAACGAUGAAGGAAGCGGCGAUGGAGUUGGAAGCCGUCCAAAUGGGGAAACUAGUUUCGAAUCUGCAAACUUGUGAUGAAGAAACAGAGCCUGCAAUGUCAAUUGCAGUAUAUGAUUCUUUGUAUACCUCAGAGACCACCAGUUUAAGCACAACUACAGAUUCAUCAGAGUUUCCUUUUCUGUCCAGGAGUUGAUGAGUUCAAGAAUUGCUAAAUUAGGGAGUAAUAAAUA